UUACCACGUGACUGGAUAGAUGUUACAGCAGCCAUCAUUUUACCUAAUUCAUGUUCAACCCAAAAGAGGAAAGAGGAGCAGGGAUGAAACGAGCAGCCAUGGAGUAGGCCGGGAAUGAGAAGUCACAUAUUACUAUUCUAUCUGUUAUUUUAUUGUUUUUAUAAGACUCUUGCCAAGGUGGUCCUGACAACGCUACUGAGGUAAUCUGUCUCUAGAACCAUGGUAAAUCUCUUAAAAUGCUUUACCUUAAUCAAACUCAUGCCAGCUUUAAUUGUACCACUCAGAAUUUCAAUGGAAUUCUUCAAAUUAAUUGAAAAAUUGCUAAAUGGGUAGUCUCGAUGGGAGUAUUAGUUGUCCAUUGAAAACUCCAUGACUAAAACAAUCCAACUAAUGAAUCACACCUACCAAGGUGUGGGUUGAAUUAACACGUUUUUAUUACAAGUUUAAACGUGAGAUUUUGCAGAAGACAAGUGGUGCUUCGGCCCAGCUAAUCUACCAAGGCCUCUCCGGCAUUUCAAUCAGCUCACUACCUAGGGGCCCGCGAACCCCCAACUGGUUGUCGGACUCCUGCCCAAAUACCGAAACAAGCCCCUGCUACCUUUCCAAGGUGGGCUAAACCAACACCUAGCCUGACCCCCGUUUCCUGGCAACUAGUAACGCCGGGACCAAAGAGGUGGAGAGGAGGGCACUGGUCCAACCACCCGGAGCAUGGGGCAGAAAGUCCCAGGCGGCAUUAAAACCAUCGACAUGCGGGAUCCAGCGUUUCGGCCCCUAAAGCUGGAGCUGCAGGCCCUGGACCACACCAAGCCGUCCCGGCUGGACCUGCUGCUGGACAUGCCCCAGGUCAACCAGGAAGCCCAGGUGCAGCACUCGUGGAACAACGACGACCGCUCCCUCAACAUCUUCGUCAAGGACGACAACAAGCUGGUGUUCCACCGUCAUCCCGUGGCCCAGAGCACGGACGCCAUCCGGGGUCGGGUGGGCUACACCCGGGGACUGCACGUCUGGGAGAUCAGCUGGGCCAUGCGUCAGCGGGGCACGCAUGCCGUGGUUGGCGUGGCAACGGGUGAAGCUCCACUGCACUCUGUAGGCUACACGGCCCUGAUAGGGAACAACCAUGAGUCCUGGGGCUGGGACCUGGGGAGGAAUAAACUAUUCCAUGACGGCAAGAACCAGACAGGGAAAACCUACCCAGCCUUCCUGGAGUCAGACGAGACCUUCAUAGUGCCUGACUCCUUCUUGGUAGUGUUGGACAUGGACGAGGGAACUCUUAGUUACAUUGUGGACGGACAGUAUCUGGGAGUUGCUUUUCGAGGACUGAAGGGCAGGAAACUGUAUCCUGUCGUUAGUGCAGUGUGGGGACACUGUGAAAUCCGAAUCCGGUACAUAAAUGGACUAGAUCCGGAGCCCCUCCCGUUGAUGGACCUCUGCAGGCGUUCUGUGAGGGUGGCUCUGGGGAGGGAGCGUCUGGGAGAGAUCCAUGGCCUGCCCCUACCUGCUUCCCUCAAGAACUACCUACUGUACCAAUGACCUCUCGCCGCCACGUGAAACGACACUGCACACACUCUGCUGUCGCCCUCUUCGUUGUCUCUUCUCUGGGAGGGCGAGGAACUUAGUUCCUCCAGAACUGACUCGGGGCUCACCCGGAACUAAGGGCUGUUUCAACCUAAAUCCCUGAACACAUCCAGGUUGGAUGGGGUUACUGGUGUCUUAGUUUUUAAAAUAAUGAUCCUGUUUUUAUGGCUUACUACAAUCAUAUAAGUGGGACUUGUGUGUGAUGGGCUGAAAACUAUGCAGAUACUGACCAGAUGGUGACAGGCCUUGUGGCCAGUCCUCUUCCAGUCUCUUCAGUGAAUUGAAUUUGAUGGUACCUCUGCUUUAACCCAGACCUCUAUACUGAAAUUUUAAUAAUAUGAUGGCUGCGUAAAUGAUAUCCUGCUAGUUAGAAUAUUUUCUAUUGACAUCCUAGUCUUGAUUAGUCGGGGUAUGUCAGCAUUGUUUCUGACCACAGGGUGGCGCUGUUCUCCUUUUAAACUGUACAUUUCCACUUGGUGAAAUGUUCGAAAUCAGAUUUUUUUUUUUUGUUGUCUUUGUCUUUUUAGAACAUUUUCCAGAAUACGCCAGGUUACUGUUCACAACCCACUCAAUGCUAGGAUAUGGUGUUUGGCUAUCUAUGUUGAGUCUAUAAUUCUCUGUAUAUGCUGCACAGUUGUUGGGUUUCCUGGACAGAGCAUCUGACCUCAGUUUGUCACAGUAAAACUCAACAGUGUUGGUACGUUAGUGCAGAGAGGUUAUAGUUCUCCCUAUCAGGUUUUCUCUGCAAUAUUUAAAGUGCCUGUUUCUAUACUGUUUGGGCACCCUAGACUGUGAACACAAUGCCAUUACCCAAGAGAUGUUUAUUAUCAAAGUACAAAAAGAAAUGUUGUGGUUUAUUGUAGCAUGCAACCAGCAGGAGUUAAUUUUUUUUUUUUUUGGCCAAGCAAUACAAUUAUUGUACUAAACUCUUUGAACAUGUUCAUUGUUGUCACUCCUUGCUUUAAGCAUAUAUACAGGACAGAACUGAUUAUUAAAUAUUAAUUUGGGAGCUGUAAAAGCAGGUCUGAUAUGGUGCCUUUUUAAAUAGGUGACCCAUUUCUUGUUUUUGUGUGCAUGCAUUGUAAUAUACAGUGCAGUGAUCAUCCGGACUAGACCAUCCACUAUGGGGGGGGGGGGGGGGGGGGUCCACAAGAUAUGGCAAAAUACCCAUCAAUACAUUUUUAUAGAAGUAUUUUUAAAUGUGCAGAUGUACUCCUUGUUUAUCAUUGGGCAAAGCAUGAAUACGCUGUACAGUGCACUUGCUCACCCCAGCUUGCAGUUGCUCAUUUUGUUUGUAUUCCUUGAUGUAGAUUGUAACUACCUAGUAAAAGUUGAUCAUAAAUUA